GUGAGAUCCAUGAUGACAAUGGUCGCACGAAAGGUAGUCGUAUUUCGGUGUGGGAUGCUUGUCUUUGCCAUCGAGUGUCUGUCCUGCUUCUCUGCGACAUCUUCUGCAGGCACGACAGCAGCUCAGUGGACACUGUACUCAGGUCUCAAGCUGUCUUGGAACGAGGCUUCCAUGUUCUGCAAGUCUUUAGGAGGACAUCUGCCGGUCAUCAACACCAAGCUGAAGUGGAACGCUUUUAAUGCCACGGUUGUAAACUGGCAAAAAGCCAACUUGUCGGUGGGACGAUGUGUGGACUGGUCUGUUCUUACAAAGUCCCUCCCCUGUGCCCAAUUCUUGGGAGGCCGACUGCUCGCUACAGCCGGACGGACUGAACUUCUGGGGACCCUCGGAACCGGACAACCUACAUACAGAACUUCUGUGUGAGGUACAAACUGGUAAGCAACGACUGCAUACCACGCUCUGCAGUUACCCUUUCCAACAUCGUCUGCGAA